CGUCGACCACGGGUUCUCUUCAUCUCCUCCAUGCCUCUUGUGCAAUUUCGAUUAUGGACGUCUUCAUCGUGCAUGCUUAACAGACCGAUCUCCUUGCCUCCCCAUCCCUUGGGUAAGCAGGAGCAGAAUGCCAAUGUGGCGAGGAAUCCCAGCGUAUCAGGCACACAGAGAAUCUCUGACCGUUCACAAGGACAGGAACCAAGCUUGUGGCUGCUUUCACGGAGAGGGCCCGAUGGAUUGGGUUCAUGCAGGGUGGCUAUAGCAAGCCCUCACAGAUGCAAGGAUCCCACCAUCGUGGUUGUAUGCUCGGUCAGCGCAGCACCUGGAGAUGGCGGCGACAGUGAAGAAGUGGAAUCAACAGCGAGCAGCCGCUCGCAGGCGCAGAACGGUCUUCCUUGCGCGGAAGAGUUGUCGGCAACAGGUACGCAGACGCUAUCCUCGGCAGAACGUUCGGCAAACGAUAAGAAUCGGGAGGGCGGACAAGCUUGUACGAGGGGUGCGACGUCGUCAGCACACGGCUUCGACAAGGGCACAGAUCAGGCGGAGCUGCAGGAUAUCCGGGGGAAGGAAGAGCCGAGCCUGUCUGGAAAGAACUCGUGGAGCGCGUGGUGUUCUGAAAGAGCCACAGAUGAAGUCGAAGAAGACGGAGAUGGCGAGCUUCUCUCAGCUCAAUUGGCGGAGGCCAAUUUGCUGGAAGCUUGCGACAAAAAUGCAGGUUGUAGAGGCGUUGAGGCAAAGCAGCACACCACAGCGAUUUGUGCUGCCAAAGAAGAGCACCCCCCGCCCCCAAUAUGUCAAUCUGACCUCGCUUCGAUUCUUAUCGCAGGGUCGAGUCUGCAACUCCGCGGGCGAAGAAAGAUAUCACAGCCGCUCAUUGACAGCGCUGGAAAUGUUCUGGCCUUCAAUGGCGAGAUCUUUGGCGGGCUGAAGAUGGAAUCGUCCGGGAAUGAUGCUGAGGCCUUGCUUGAUGCCUUGGGACAAUGCUGCAGCUCCUGCAAUAGGCAUUCCUGCACAUCGCGCGGCACUGUCGGCAACGUGGAUUACGACUCGGCUGGCAGUUGUGUGGAUGCAGCGAAAGGCUGUCUGACCGUCCCGAAGGUUAUGUCGAGGCUAAGAGGCCCAUGGGCGUUUGUUUACUGGCAAAACAGUGCAAGCACACUGUGGUAUGGCCGGGACGCUGUGGGCAGGAGGAGCCUUGUCGCCCAUUUCCCUGACAGGUUUGAUGCGAGACUGAUGGUUGCAUCUGUGAUAUUAGAGUCAACUCCUUCAUCAGGAGCGGCAGGAAAUAACAGCGUAGAGCAACAACAUCACCAAGCAGACUCCCAGAAGACGCAAGCCCAAGGAAGAGCGGAGGGGAAAGCUCUUAAUCAUGAGGGGUGUGGUUGUGGGCCUUGUGGCGGCACAAACUUGAACUACGAGUCCUCGUCUUGUUGCUCAGAUCCAAGCAUUGGUGCUCUAGGUGCUGAUGGCAGGCCCGCAGAGAGACAGGUUGUCGAUGAUGUUGGAAGCUGCUCUCUGGAGCGGCAAAGACGUGAAAUAGGAAGCAACAAGGGUUUGGAAUCGGACAAGAACAGGCUGCGGGACACACCUGGAAGGCCUUUCGGGUGUCGUCUUGCAAACGGCGAAGAUGAGGCCAGCGGGCAGGAAGGAGAAAGCAGAUCUGCACAAAGUAAAUGUUGCGGUCUCCAUUUUUCUGGCAGCAGUGCGCGUUCGGUUGGCGACAGAGGUGAUACGAAUGUGUGUCUCUCCUCUUUUGUAAUGGGAAAUAGCAAAGGUGCAGAACUGGCAGGAGUCGGCUGUCGCAUGUGCAGCGAGCAUCGGCAGUGUUUGUGUGGACAGCAGGCAAAAGCGCUCGUGUCAUCUCGAGACCACAGUCGCGGAGAUGUAUUAGCAGGAGCAAAGGCGGGUGUGGCUGCCGUGCACCAGUCUGCCUUUGAAAUGCCAGCGCAAUCUGACAGUGUGUCGCAUAGAAGGUCUGCAACGGCUGUGACUGCCGCAGAUGGCGCUGAGAAAGACAAGGAUGGUAAGGUGGCAAGAACAGCAAACAGUGCUUGUGGACCGGAGGCCUUGGUUGCAUCUUCACAAGUGGAUGUCGGCUUAGUAGCAGGCCGCGCAGAGAAAAAGGGGAGUUCCAGAAGGAUGAAGGGGAGGAAGAAGCAGCAAGAGAGAAGGGAGAGCAUGGAGGGGAGUCGCAUUGGGAAGGCCUGCGUCAAUGACUGUGCGAAUGAUGAUGAUCUUCAGAUUUAUCACCACCAAGCAGCACAGCUGUGGGGACCACUUCAUACCUGGGUAGAUGUGCCAUGUGGCAUCUUCAGCGUCGUGUUACCUCCCCAGGAGCUCCCUGCUCACAGCUCGCGCCCUAGUGAUAAUUAUGACAUGGAAAAUACAGGGAGAGGGAGGCAACGUUCACCCUCCGACGACUCUAAUGCUGGUGCUGGGAUGGUUGGCCUGUGGCGGAAGCACAAAUGGGAGGAUGAUUGCCUCAGAGCAAUCAGUGAGUGGAAUAGAGGAGCCGCCGCAGCCGUUGUGCAAGGAACGGCAGGUACUUCUUCUGAGAGUGUGUUGACAUCAAUAGGCUUUUGCAAGCAUUGCCUGGUGCACCCGGCCCCUUCUAACUCUGUGGAAGCAGCAAUGUCGAGGACAACAGAAUUUUGCCGCCAGGCAGCCGCAGGGCCUUCCUGUGCAUCGCCUAAUCAAGAUAGGCAUCAUUGUUGUGUGGCCACGAGGAUGGUUCCAUCUCCUGAUUAUUUUGAUGCUGCUGUGCAGAGGGUUAUGGUUUCCCUGGAGGAGUCCAUUCGCCGCCGAGUUUUGGAUAUCCGAGAGUGCCGCCAGCCUGGAGGAUACCUGUUGGGACUAACAACUCCGAGGGAGAGAGAAGACGGACAUGGAAGCGUCGAUCUGGUCACAGCGUCUCCCGUAGCCAUUCUGUUUUCCGGGGGUGUUGACUCGAUGAUUAUUGCGGGCCUCGCCGGUAAACACGUGCCACAUGAUCGGCCUAUUGACCUUAUCAAUGUUUGCUUUGAUGGGGGUUGCUCGCCGGACAGGCAGACAGCUAUUGCAGGGUUAGCAGAACUGCGGCGAAUUUUGCCCUCCAGACAUUGGCGCCUGAUAAAAGUGGAUUCAACUUUGGAUGAGGUCGACAGGAAGCGGGAACACAUUCUCUCCCUUCUCCAUCCCUCCAACACCUACAUGGAUUUGAACAUAGGCGCUGUGCUAUGGCUGGCAGCAAAGGGUGAAGGCUGGGUUCAUUUUGAUGACGACAACAACCAGGCAACUGCGGAAGUAGGUGGCAGAGCAGGAGAUUCCAGCAAAGCGGCUCCAGUCCAUGGCCGCACGACCAGCCGGGAUCAGGUCGAUGCAGUCGAUGAGGCUGUACCAACGGUUCAAACUGGCAGCUUCACUGGCUUCAUGGGGGAGAAAGGCACCAAUCAGGAAUUGGCCGUCAGACAGCGCCCCAACAAUGGUGAAGGAGAUGUGCGACAAAACACUGGCGAUGGCGUGGCUGCCGAGAAGAAGAGUGUCUGUAUUCCUUUCGGGCAGUCAGGUCGGGAAGCCUCUAGCAAAGCUCCUCAUGAAGAGAGGAGAGGAGCGGCCGUGAGGAACGCUGCCAAUGGGAGACCGUGGUACCGGUCGCAGGCACGCGUUCUAUUGAUUGGUUCUGGUGCAGAUGAACAAUGUGCAGGGUAUGGACGACAUCGUACGAAGUUUCGCGAAGGAGGAUGGGAAGCACUGGAGGCGGAGAUGCGUCUGGAUGUGCACAGGCUCUGGCAACGGAAUCUGGGACGUGAUGACCGCUGCACCGCAGAUCAUGGGCGCGAGGCGCGCUUUCCCUUUUUGGAUGAAGAUGUCAUGCUGACCCUUCUGGCAGUUCCGCUCUGGGCCAUAGCCGAUCUUACCAAACCAAUGGGCAGGGGGGAGAAAUUAAUUUUGCGAGAAGUUGCCCGCCGUCUCGGGCUCGCUGGUGCCGCUGCACUUCCGAAACGUGCCAUCCAAUUUGGAUGCCGCAUCGCCAAAGCUUCUAAUGUGAGGGACUUUGGCAGCAACAGAGCUGCAAACUUGUCAUCAGCAGGGGGCUUAGCUUUACAAGGGGGGGGUGGUUACAGGGUGAGGUCACAACCAUCCCCUGUAAAGAGCAAGAGCAGUCAGGGGGGUGGUGGUUACAGGGGGGGGGGGGGGGUCACAACCAACCCCUGUAAAGAGCAAGAGCAGUCGCUGAUUCAUAAAUAAAUUGAUAAUAUUACAGUGGGGUCAGGACCACCACCUGUUAGUGAAUUUAGCUUUAUAGGUGGGGUCACAACCACCCCCUGUAAAGAGUACGAGCAUCGGUCAUUGGUUGAGACUACAGGUGGGGUCCCCAGUUCUCACCACCACCACCUGUAAAGAGCAAGAGCAGUCGAUGCCAAUUUAUUCAUCAUUGAUUGAUAUAAUCAUAUGUGAGAUUCAACAAGAAGUCGAGGCACGCUGCGGGAGGGAGAUGAGAUGAGAUCCACACACGUGAUUGUGUGUGUUUGUCUUUGCAAUUUUUCCUGUUUGUGACACGGAAGGGAGGUCCGAAAAAUGAAUUGAAAUGAGUGUG